AUGAUGGCUCAAUUUAUGAUGGACUUAAAAACAGAACCGCGCCUCAGCCCCUCGCUCUACUCGCCCGCAUCGCCCAAAAUGGCCGACUCGAACGGGCGACCCCAGUCGACCGAUUCCGGCGUGCUGGACCUGUCCAAGCGGCGCGACUCGCUGGACGCUACCCGCAAAACACCCUCGCCCGCUUACCACUGCUUCAGCGAGGUGGCCGGUACGCCGCCUCCAAGCAACCACAGCUCCCCGCAGCAGUGCGAAGUGACCGAUUCGAACAACCCGGAAAGCACACUGCUGCUCAACUACAGCGAACUGGUGCGAGCUCGUCGCCUGUCGCCCACCAAAUCACUGCUCCAGUUCGAUGAGCUUGCUCACCACCACACACCGAGCGCGCAGCUCCCCCCGGCAGUCCAGCAAGCGUUCCAUCGGCACGGAUUGGGCCUGUCCAAACCGGAAACGGACAUUCUUCAGCAGCAUCUUCUGCAGCAGGUUCACCGAGCUGGACCUAUUCCGGCGUACCUGCUGCCUGCCUCUGCGCUUCAUCAUCACCAUCACCAGCAGCAGCAGCAGCAGCAACAACAGCAACAGCACCAGCAGACCUCUCCGGCACCCUUCUCUCCCAGCCCGAUCCGUCUGCGCGAACUGGACGCACUGUCCGAGUCCGGUUCGGAGGGCACGUCCCUUGUCAGCUCGAGCCAGCGCAAGCCGAAGGAACUGGAAGACGGUACCGUGCCGAAGGACGGCCAGCAGCAGCAACAGCAUCAGCAGUACCCGAUGGUGGUCGGCCGGGACGGUAAGCUGUCCCGCCCGUUCAAGGCGUACCCGCGCGAUCCGCUCAGCCUGGCGGCCGGGUUCGUUGCCAGCGACACCAUCCUCGAUACGAACUCCGCCGAAAAGUACAACCUGUUCCGGAAGCGCAUGCUGGAGCAGAUACACGCCGCCAACGGGGGCCAGCCGACCGUGUCCAAUCCGAAGAUGCGCCGGCUAGCCAACGCGUCCUCCUGCAAAUCGUCCUCCUCCAAUGCACCGUCCGCCGCGAUGAGCGACGCAUCGUCCGAAUCGUGCGAUGAAAAACCGCCAUCGGUCGAACACGUGGGCUCGAAUCGCGCGCUGCUACAGCAGCACCACCGUAGUAUGAUGGCGGGCAGUGAAAUGGCGCAACAUGUCGCAACCACCAAUCAGCGCCUGAUGACGACGCCAUCGUGCAAGGAUGCUGCUGCGGCUGCUGCUGCUGCUGCGGCGUGUGACGUCAUUGGUUCGUCGGAUGCGUCGGGGGCGGAGUCAAGCGCAACGAUCGCAGCGGCACCAAGCAAUGGCAGCAGUGGCAACACCAGCAGCACAUCGGUGAAAGAUUCGGCCUACUACGAACGGCGCAAGAAGAACAAUGCGGCCGCGAAAAAGUCACGCGACCGGCGGCGCAUCAAGGAGGAUGAAAUAGCGAUCCGGGCCGCGUUUCUCGAGCGGGAAAACAUUGAGCUAAAGUUUGAGCUGGCGGCCGCCCGGAAGCAGCUCGCACUGUACGGCGUGACGACGUCGGUUGCCGCUUCGUAGGACAUUGGCCAAUUGGGUGUGUAAAUAGAGGGCACAGUUGAAUUAAUAACUAUUGUACAGUGAAGUGCUGAAAGCGGUUAGAGGAUGCAUUCGCUUGACGCGAUCGUCCGAAGCACGCAUUCAGCGCGUUAGAAUAAGGGUGGUAACAAAGUAGGCGGAAGUGUUUUUGGGGAUUUUCUCACCUCGACUCUUCGAUGACUGAUACCUGCAAGCAGUAUUCACUAGUUAAGGCACAUUUAGCUUGUAAGAACCGCAAAACUGAAAAUAGAAAAAACCAUUCGUCAGAAAA